AUGGCGAAAGAUCACUCCAAAUUCGAACGAGAUGCGGGCAAAUUCCCCAAGAAGGUAUCUCGUGCCAAGUCGAGACGUAUCAAUAAUGGUAUGAAGAAGGUCGACGCAGAGUACAAGGAGUUUCUCAAAACCUCUGCCGAAACUGAAAUGUUGCUUCAAGAAGAAGCUGGUUUCUUGGAGGCAGACGGCCCUAUGGAAAAAACGUGGAAGUUCAGACAAGAAGACAUUGUCGAUGCUGUAGAUGUUUCCACUGCAAACAAGAAGAUCGACUUGAAACUCAACGAGUUGGGCCCCUAUAACAUAGACUUCUCGAGAAACGGCCGAAAACUCUUGAUCGGAGGUAAGAAGGGCCAUGUGGCAUCAAUGGACUGGCGUCUCGGCACGCUUGAUUGCGAGCUCUUCCUCAAUGAAACGGUACACGCCGUGAAGUACUUCCACAACGAUCAGUACUUUGCUGUUGCCCAAAAGAAGUAUGCAUUCAUCUACGACAAAACCGGUCUCGAGCUCCACCGUUUGAAACAGCACCGUGAAAUCACUAAAUUGGACUUCUUGCCAUAUCAUUUUCUCCUUGUGACCGCCGGUACCUCAGGAAUCUUGAAGUAUCAUGAUGUAUCCACAGGUGUAAUUAAGAGUGAACUACGCACCAAAUUGGGCCCCACUCAAGCCAUGAAACAGAACCCCUGGAACGCAGUUAUGCACUUAGGACACGGAAAUGGUGCUGUGACAUUAUGGGCUCCCACCAUGCCGGAGCCUUUGGUGAAGAUCCAAGCCACUGGAGGUCCUGUCAGAGAUUUGGCUAUCGAUAGAGAAGGAAAGUACAUGGCUGUCAGCGGUGCUGACCGCAGUAUAAGAAUCUGGGACUUGCGAAAGCUCGAGCAGAUGGACAGUUAUGGAAUGAAAACUCCAGCCUCGUCUUUGGAUUUCUCUGAUUCUGGUCUCUUAUCUGCUGGAUGGGGUCCAAAUGUCACCGUUUGGAAAGAUGUCAUGAAAACACACCAGAAAGAGCCAUACAUGCAGCAUCUUUUCCCGGGAGCUAAGGUGGAAAAGACUCGAUUCGUUCCCUUUGAGGAUGUGUUGGGAGUUGGCCAUCAGAAGGGAAUUUCCUCGCUCAUUAUUCCAGGUGCUGGUGAGGCUAACUUCGAUGCCAUGGAGUUGAACCCAUAUGAAUCCUCGAAACAGAGACAGGAGGGUGAAGUGAGACUGUUGUUGAACAAGUUGGCUCCAGACACCAUUUCUUUGGACCCAUCUUUCAUUGGAACUGUUGAUAAGAACGCCAGAAACGUCAGAUUGAACAAAGAGGAUCUCCAGGCUAUCCAGGCGCAAGAGGCCAACGAUAAGGAGGCAGCAGAGUUUGCCAUCAGACCGGACCUCAAGCCGGAGCAAUCGAAGUUGAAGAAGUACUUGGAGAAGAACAAGAACAACGUCAUGGACGCACGUAAAAUGAGAGCAGAGAGAAACUUGAAGAUGGAAGAGGAGAGAAGAGAGAAAUUGAGACUCAAGGAGAUGGGUGUGCCUGAUGAAAGGGACAAGUUGGGUCCAGCUUUGGGUAGGUUUGUGUAA